AUUAAUUUUACUUUUUUGUAUAUGUCUUUGCUAGUUAUGGAGACAAAAGGAUACCACAGCUACCCAGAAGGCUUAGAUAUGGAGAGACGGUGGGGUCAAGUUUCUCAGUCUGUGGAGUAUUCUUCUAUAGGUGCUGGAGAGCAGACUGAUGACAGUAACUAUAUGGAGAUUGUAAACGUAAGCUGUGCUGCCGGCGCUUUUGCCAACAGCAGUGCUCAAGGAAACAACAAAGAAAAACCUGAGCUACUCCCCUGCCUGCCGCAAGACAGCAGUCAGCCUGGUCUUUUGCCCUCUGACAUCAAAACCGAAACGGAGUCAAAGGAGCUGUCGGCAACGGUGGCCGAAUCCAUGGGUUUAUAUAUGGAUUCGAUACGAGACGCCGAUUAUCCCUACGAUCAGCAGAACCAGGGGAGCCCGGGAAAGAUCUACCCGAACGUGGAGCAGCUGGUGAAGCUCUACAAGGAGAAUGGCCAUUGCGCUUCUCCCCUCCACAGCGCCAGCAGGCCCUUGAGGUCUUUGAUGUCGGACUCUGGGAGCACUGUGAACGGUGGUGCCAUGCAUGCUAUUGUCAAAAGCCCUAUCGUGUGUCAAGAGAAAAGCCCUUCGGGCUGCAGCCCUCAGAACAUGGCUUCCUCGGUGUGUAGUCCUGCUGGAGUUAACUCUGUGUCCUCAACUACUGCUAACUUUGGGAACUUUGCUGUGCACAGCCCCAUCGGCCAGGGAACCCCUUUGUCACGCUCGCCGAACGUUGAAAACCGGGGGUCUAUGUUGCACAGUCCCGCACACGUUAGCAACGUCGGGUCUCCGCUUUCUAGCCCUAUAAGUAGCAUGAAAUCACCGAUUUCUAGUCCUCCCAGUCAUUGCAGCGUGAAAUCUCCCGUCUCGAGUCCCAAUAAUAUCACUAUGCGAUCUUCUGUGUCCAGUCCCGCGAACCUGAACUCGAGGAGCUCCAUUGCCAGCCCUUCCAAUGCCAACAAUAGGUCCACUCGUUCUAGUCCAGCGGUUAGCACUGUGGGAUCGUCCAUCUGUAGCCCCGUAAACAACUCCCUAGGAUUCCCGGCUUCCGGCACGCCAGCAGGACCUAGCAGAAGCCAAGAUACCGUUCCCAGUCCAGAAACAAAAGACAAGGGUGCUCAAGAACUCACGUUUCCUAAGGUGGAGGAAAUGGAGAAUGCCAUCUCCAACAACAGUCAGAUGAACCUUGUUCAAUUCAUAAAACCCGAGCCAGACGGUUCGUUCGGCAGUGCGUGCAUUGGUGACAGCAGCAAAAUAAACUCCGAUUCCCCCUUUUCAGUACCAGUGAAGCAAGAGUCGGCCAAGCAUCCUUGUUCUGGUGCCUCUUUUAAAGGGAAUCAAACAGUAAAUCCUUUCCCAUUUACAGAUGGCUCGUAUUUUUCUUUUAUGGAUGACAAAGACUAUUACUCUCUUUCUGGGAUUUUAGGACCACCUGUUUCUUCAUUUGAUGGAAGUUGUGAAGGUAGCGGUUUUCCAAAUCCAGGCCUACCUGUGGGAAUUAAGCAGGAGCCUGACGAUGGCAGCUAUUACCAAGAAAACAGUAUACCAUCCUCUGCCAUUGUGGGUGUAAAUUCAGGUGGACAGUCGUUUCACUACAGGAUCGGUGCCCAAGGCACGAUAUCUUUGUCGCGGCCGGUUGCUCGAGAGCAGGCGUUUCAGCACUUGAGCUCGUUCCCUCCCGUCAGCACGCUAGUGGAGACCUGGAAGUCGCAUUCGGAGUUGGCAUCCAGAAGAAGUGAUGGGUAUCCAGUUCUAGAGUACAUUCCAGAAAACGUGUCGAGCUCUUCAUUGAGAAGUGUAUCAACUGGAUCUUCAAGACCUUCCAAAGUGUGUUUGGUGUGCGGAGAUGAGGCAUCUGGAUGUCAUUAUGGGGUGGUUACAUGUGGCAGCUGUAAAGUUUUCUUCAAGAGAGCAGUAGAAGGACAGCACAAUUACCUGUGUGCGGGAAGGAAUGACUGCAUAAUUGAUAAGAUUCGGAGGAAGAACUGCCCAGCCUGUCGAUUACAGAAAUGUCUGCAAGCUGGAAUGAAUUUAGGAGCCCGGAAGUCCAAAAAGUUGGGGAAAUUGAAAGGGAUGCACGAGGAGCAGCCACAGCAGCGGCAGCAGCCACCACCCCAGAGCCCCGAGGAAGGGACGACGUACAUCGCGCCUGUGACUGAGCCCUCUGUAAACACAGCACUUGUCCCCCACAUGUCUGCUAUCUCACCAGCACUUACUCCCUCUCCUGUUAAGAUCCUUGAAAGCAUUGAACCGGAGAUCGUGUACGCAGGAUACGACAGUUCGAAGCCAGACACAGCGGAGUACCUGCUUUCCACCUUAAACCGCCUGGCUGGCAAGCAGAUGAUUCAGGUGGUGAAGUGGGCAAAGAUACUUCCAGGAUUUAGAAACUUGCCUCUCGAGGACCAAAUUACUUUAAUUCAGUAUUCUUGGAUGUGUCUGUCAGCAAAAAAAAAAAAAAAAAAAAAAUUGAUCUUCGAUAAGUAUUCCUUAAUGGUCUUUUUCAGUGCAGGCUGGAAGGACUGCUCUGUCUGUCUCGCUCCAGACCUGAUCUUCGAUGAGGAACGGAUGCGCCAGUCUGCUAUGUUUGAACUGUGCCAGGGGAUGCACCAGAUCAGUCUGCAGUUUGUUCGCUUGCAGCUUAGCUUUGAGGAGUACACUAUAAUGAAAGUUUUGCUGCUGUUAAGCACAGUUCCCAAGGAUGGUCUCAAAAGCCAAGCUGCCUUUGAAGAAAUGAGGGCAAAUUACAUUAAAGAGCUAAAGAAGAUGGUAACUAAAUGUCCAAGUAACUCUGGGCAAAGCUGGCAGAGAUUCUACCAACUGACUAAACUUCUUGACUCCAUGCAUGAUCUUGUUAGUGACUUAUUGGAAUUCUGUUUCUACACCUUCCGAGAGUCUCAGGCACUGAAAGUAGAGUUUCCAGCCAUGCUGGUGGAAAUCAUCAGUGACCAGCUACCAAAGGUGGAAUCUGGGAAUGCCAAGCCCCUGUACUUUCACAGGAAGUGAUAGAAAAUGUCUUAAAUGGAAGAACUUUGCCUUAAGUUUCCCUGUGUUAUUCCACACCCAUGAAGGACCCAAGAAACCAUAUUUUAAACAUGCUAUUUACACUUGUUCAGCAGUCUCUGAAUAGUCUAAAAUCAUAUGAAGGGUUUGGGGACUGGAAAGCAGUUGACUCGGAUUUGGCAAGACCUAGAUGUUUGGAAAUUACCCCAUAACCCUAAAACACUUAGAAAAUGUUCCUGUUCCUCUGGAUGAAAAGCCAUAUCUAGUCAGUAACUCUUUGAUUUUGAUAUUUUAACAGAUGGAGUUUUAAAUAUGCCAUGUAGUUUCUGGUAUUGUUUGCUUGUUUUAAAAGGGUUCAAGAACUAAUGAGAACUUUUUAAAGCUUACCCUUGGUUUGCACAUAAAACGUAAAGUCAAUAUGGGGCAUUAAUAUUCUUUUCUUGUAAAAAAAACCAACAAAACCUAUAUAUAUACACACAUAUAUACACACACAAACCCUAACGUGUAAAGUAAUAACAGAACAUUUGGUGUGGAAUACUCUGUUAUCCCCACCUGUGGCAUUUGUUAUCCCAUGUUAUCCCAUCAUAGAUGAUAUACACUGUGUUAAGUGUCCAUUUACUAUUUAAUUAAAAAGGAUAAGAUGUGAAAACAAAUGCCCUGGUAUCAAUUUAUGGUAUCUAUUGUGCUGGCUUUACAAAUAAUUUUUUGCAGUCUUUUGCUGUACUGUACAUUGCUGUAUGUAUAAAUUGUGAAGGACCUGAAAUAAGGUGUAAGGAACUUUUGUAAAUGAGACAAAAAAAAUCUUUAAUGGUUAAUAGGAUGAAUGGGAAAGUAUUUUUGAAAGAACUCUAUUUUGCUGGAGACUAUUUAAGUACUAUCUUUGUCUAAACAAACAAGGUAAUUUUUUUGUAAAGUGAAAUGUUCUGCAUGCAUAAUGAACCGUUUACAGUGUAUUUAAGAAAGGGAAAGCUGUGCCUUUUUUAGCAUCAUAUCUAAUUUGCCAUCCUACAGUAUCCGUUGUAAAUAACCACACUUAACCUUUUCGGUUGUAUUUAAGCCUUUCUAUUUUCCUCUAUAUUUUUCUCCCUUUUGUCUCGCUUGCAAGCGUAUGUGACUUGAGCACAUCUGAGAAAUCCCGCUUCAUAUUUCUGUCAGAAACUACACUAUGUUGCGUUUGCCACUUUACGAAGGUUUCAUUUAACAAGACAAAUUACGGUCUCUCCAAAGCUUUUGCCAGCUUGAUGAUCUAGUGAGUUCUUCCCCUCUAUUCCCCUUCUCUCUCAGGGGAACAGGGGCGAAUAAGAUGUUGAGUGAGUUUUCUUUUUUUUAUUAAGGUUUCCCAGAUUGUUUGUUUUUCCUUUGAAUACUGGAUACAUAAAACAUCUUAAAAGGUCAGAUUAUUAUUUCAGAUGGGGGAGAGCGGUUUCUGAUUAUGAUGACGGGAACAUGCAGAUCAUUACAGUAAGUAUAUCGAACAGCUUUGUACUGGUGAGAGGGAUGGUAAGGUACCGAGAAGGGCAGAUUAGCUGAGUAGAAUUUUUAGUGAUAAACUAAAGCCGUAUGUAAUUUUGUAAGCAUUUUUGUAAUAACCUGAAUACAUCUGAGAAGACAAAUGUUCACACUACAAGUUCAACUCAGUUGGUCUGAUUUUGUCUCAAAAAUGUUUUCUCUAGAAUAAGACUGCAAGAAAAAAAAUUUUUGAGGUGAUUUUCGCUAUUUCACAAUUUAUAAGCAAAUACAAAAUUUUGGAGUAGAAUAGAGGACAGGUGAACUUUUCUGAGGCUCAACUGUUGCUACCAUAUGCUCAUGUUUAAAUAGAACAGUUUUUCAGAGUCCUAAUCUGUAGUGUUCUUUCUGGGUGCCACUGGUAUUUUUGAGCUCUAGUUUGUCCCUUGGCCGGUCAGAAUGUAGCAUUUCUUUUAAACGGUGGUCGAAUUAAGAAUUCUACACCCUUUCUGAGUCCAAAUUUUGAGGUGCGCUUUGGUGCACUGAAGACAGUCAGUGCUACUUGUCUUUUUAAAUGACACCUGCCUUAUGCAAUGAGUAACCUGUAAAGACUGUAUUCAGAGAGGUUUUUUUAUAUAUAAAUAUAUACAUACAUAUAUUAUUUGCAUUUUGGAAGUCUAAUUCAUAGGCAGAUCUUUAAAUACUGACCUGCACAGCAAUAUGAAAGCCAAACUUCCAACGUGAGACACACAGCAUGCAGACUGGUUGUUUACAGUAAAGACACAGUCAUACAUCCAUCUUUUCAUUUACACUUUUUUUAAGUCUAAAACAGAAAAUCUCAAAGCCAGGUUCUGGGUGAAUACAGUCUGCAGCAGCUUUUUAUAUUAACAAAGUUACUGCCUCCUUUUGUGUCUCAGAGUAACUUUGCUUGAUUAAAACAGCCAAAGCCAUAUCUACACUUCACUGUUAAAUGCCUGUCCCAGUCCAAAUUGUUGUCUGUUUGCUCCUAUUUUUGACCUUAUUACUUUUAAUCUUGGUUUGGUACAAUUCAUAAUUCACAGAAACUUCAUAUAAUUAAACACACUAAAUUAGUUUUAAAAAGCAAUUUAUAUCUUUAUGCAAAAACGUCUGUCUGUCUUUGCAAACAACUGUAAGCAGAUGAUAAUAAAUCCUUUACUUUAAUCACCUGUUGUUUAUGAAACCAUUCAUUGAUUAUUAUUUUUUGCUAGAGAUCAUUGAAGUAAUAGAUACAAUUGGAUAUAGAUGUUGUAAGAGGCAGUAUUCUCUUAUCAAGGACACUUAAGCAGAAUAGCCAUCACUUUUUUAAUCUAAACCUGUGUACAGCAAAAAAAAAACAAACCACAAACCAACCCUAGUUUUUAGCUACUGGGAAGUUACGUUCUUUUGAAUUUGUUUAGAAUGAAAUAGGCAUUUGUCUCCUGCAAAAUACAAGACAAACUAAAACACCUUUUAGAAGUGGGCUUCUGUUCAUUGAGCUAAAUUAUUUUGUUGUAAGAAGGAAUGGGGAUAUACAGCAAGAGCAUUGUAUACACAGUUAAAAAAUGUAAAAUAGUGUUUAAUGUACUGCAGUGGGUAUUUCAGGAAUACUACACAUCGUGCGACUGAACAGUUGCGCAAAAUAAAAUAGAAAAGACUAAAGUUUGCAAUAUCAAAAUCUUAUUAAAAAGAUACUUUACAAUCAAUAAUGCAAAAAGCUAAUUCACAGGGUGGUGUUUUUCACUGACUUGUUUAAACAUUUAUGAAAUUAAACAAUUCUACAGUUAAUGCACUUUUAAUUGUUUAUUAAAGAUCUGACUUUUUCUUUUUUUAGAGCAAUGUUUUCAGCUGGAGGUCAAUGACUUGAUAAGAUAGACAGCAGUUCUGAGGCCAGGAAUCACAGAGGAAUGUUUAAGAAUUCUUGGAGUUUAAAUAGAUUCCUGGAUGAAAAUUAAAAGCAGCCAGCAGUAUGGUGUAAACAGUAAAAUCUAUGCAUAAUGAUGCAUUUAUAAUUAGGGGUUUGCUUCUGUAUGUUUAAAGCUUUUUAAAUAAAUAGAAAAUAUUGUUUGGUCUUUAUGUUAAUGUCUGCAAGUACCUAUUUUUCUUUUUUCUUUUUUUUUAUACAAAUUGUACAAAUAUACAUGAAUUAAACUGGUUUGAUUGCAA